UUGUUUGCUGGUUGCUCAAUGUGUGUGCGGGCUGGGAGGGAGAAGGUUUCCUGGAUGUGCUUUGGGGAGGCAGCAGGAACAGAUGCCGGCCGGAUCUCACAACUGCCGUAGCCGAGGCUUUUGUUUAUUUUGAGGCAAAUGCGAUUUAAAAAACAAAACAAAAAAAAAAAUACUCCGGUGCGAGAUAACUAGUGAGGCGCUGAGAAUCGAGGCGGGUCUGAGAACCAUCUCCCGCGGAGCAAGCAUCGUUUUCGUGCUGAUUUUGGAUUAUGUUCUAGAACAUCAAGAAUAGUGAUUUCUACUUGUCAAGACUGCAAACUCAGAAGCUGCAGAGAAUCCUAUGUAAACUGUGAUCUCCUUUGCUGCCCUUUUACAUUAGGAGACCCCUUUAUUUCACCACAUCCGAGGAGUAUAUAACUAGCACCGUCAUUAUGAAUGUGACAAGUUUGUUUUCCUUCACAAGUCCAGCUGUGAAGAGACUUCUCGGGUGGAAACAGGGUGACGAAGAAGAAAAAUGGGCAGAGAAGGCUGUGGACGCGCUGGUGAAGAAACUGAAGAAGAAGAAGGGUGCCAUGGAGGAGCUGGAGAAGGCCCUGAGCUGCCCCGGGCAGCCCAGUAACUGUGUCACCAUCCCCCGCUCUCUGGACGGCAGGCUGCAGGUCUCCCACCGGAAGGGACUGCCCCACGUCAUUUACUGCCGCGUGUGGCGCUGGCCUGAUCUUCAGAGCCACCAUGAACUGAAGCCACUGGAAUGCUGCGAGUUCCCUUUUGGCUCCAAGCAGAAAGAAGUCUGCAUCAAUCCCUACCACUAUAAGCGAGUAGAAAGCCCCGUUCUUCCUCCAGUGCUGGUUCCGAGACACAGUGAAUAUAACCCUCAGCACAGCCUCCUAGCUCAGUUCCGGAACCUGGGACAGAAUGAGCCUCACAUGCCACUCAACGCCACUUUUCCAGAUUCUUUCCAGCAGCCCAACAGCCACCCGUUCCCUCAUUCUCCCAACAGCAGUUACCCGAACUCUCCCGGAAGCAGCAGCAGCACCUAUCCUCACUCUCCUACCAGCUCAGACCCGGGCAGCCCUUUCCAGAUGCCAGCUGAUACUCCCCCACCUGCCUACUUGCCUCCCGAGGACCCCAUGACCCAGGAUGGCUCUCAACCAAUGGACACAAAUAUGAUGGCGCCUUCCCUGCCCUCAGAGAUCAACAGAGGAGAUGUUCAGGCAGUUGCUUAUGAAGAACCAAAACACUGGUGCUCUAUUGUCUACUAUGAGCUCAACAAUCGAGUGGGUGAAGCGUUCCAUGCCUCCUCCACAAGUGUGUUGGUGGAUGGUUUCACUGAUCCUUCCAACAAUAAGAACCGUUUCUGCCUUGGGCUGCUCUCCAAUGUUAACCGGAAUUCCACUAUUGAAAACACCAGGCGGCAUAUUGGAAAAGGAGUGCAUCUUUACUAUGUUGGAGGGGAGGUGUAUGCCGAAUGCCUCAGUGACAGUAGCAUCUUCGUGCAAAGUCGGAACUGCAACUACCACCAUGGAUUUCACCCCACUACUGUUUGCAAGAUCCCUAGUGGGUGUAGCUUGAAAAUUUUUAACAACCAAGAAUUUGCUCAGUUGUUGGCACAGUCUGUGAACCAUGGUUUCGAGACUGUCUACGAGCUCACAAAAAUGUGUACUAUACGCAUGAGCUUUGUGAAGGGCUGGGGAGCAGAAUACCACCGCCAGGAUGUUACUAGCACCCCCUGCUGGAUUGAGAUACAUCUGCACGGUCCCCUCCAGUGGCUGGAUAAAGUUCUCACCCAGAUGGGUUCACCUCAUAAUCCUAUUUCAUCAGUGUCUUAAACGGCCUCAGGCUUCUGCCUCUUGAAAACUAUUGAGCCUUGCAUGUACUUGAAGGAUGGAUGAGUCAGACCCAAUGGAGAGCUGACAAAGGAGCCUUGAUAAUACUUGACCUCUGUGACCAACUGUUGGAUUCAGAAAUUUGAAAACCCUUGGUAACAUACUAUUGAUAUCAAGAACCUGUCUAGUUUACAUUGUAACAUUCUCUUGUAAAAUCAACUAAAAUGCAGACUUUUAGCAGGACUCUGUGUAUAGUUAAAGAAGAGAUGGCCAAGCCAGGGACAAAUUAUCUAUUAGAAAAAAUGGUCCUAAGAGAUUCUUUUGUGUUUGGCACUUUAGGGUCAUCGUUUGGCAGAAGUUUAGCAUUAAUGGUUAGUCUUUCUGAAGUGUGUUUUUAUCAGGUUUAGAGCCCAUGUUGAAUCUUCUUUUCAUGGGUUUUCAUAAUUUUUAAAACUAUUUGUUUAGUAAUGGUUUUGUUUGUUUUUAAGUAAAGAUUAAUCUUUAUGAUAUACAUAGUAAUCUUUCUAAAAUUGUAUGCUGACCAUACUGCUGUCAGAAUAAUGUUAGGCAUAUGCUCUUUGCUAAAUAUGUAUGUACAGAAUAUUUGAAAGUUAAGAAUUGAUUAGACUAGUGAAUUUAGGAGUAUUUGAGGGGGUGGGGGGAGGGGGGAAAUGACAAUUGCAAAUGUAGAAUAUACUGUAAAAAUUCAGUUUGUCGCCUUAAAGAAACGAACUGAUGCCUGAAUUUUGCUGUGUUUCAAUUUUUUAGAGAUUUUUAUCUUCUUUUUUUUUUUUCUUUCUUUCUUCUCUCCAUCCUUUCCCCAAAAAAGCAGUUAUGCAGCUGGUUAAUUCAUAUAACUGUGAGAGCAAAUGAAUAAUUCCUGCUAUUCUGAGAUCGACUGCCUAUGUAUUUCAAUACCAAUUGUAUGGAGUGCUUGAAUUUAUUGAGCAGUUUUUAUGGAGUUUACAGUACAGAAACAGGCUUUAAUUUUCAAAUGAAUUAUUUGCCAAACCUAGUAACUGUUAAAUAUUUGGAGGAUUUAAAGAACAUCCCUGUUUAAAUCCAUUUCCAACUUUUUUAAUUUUUUUGUACUAUGUUUGGUUUUAUUUUCUUCUGUUAUCUUUUAUAUUCACUUAUGCUCUCGUACAUUGAGUACUUUUAUUCCAAAACUAGUGGGUUUUCUCUACUGGAAAUUUUAAAUAAACCUGUCAUUAUUGCUUA